AUGCUGCCUUCUCUCGCUCUUAGCGACUCUAGCCUAGAUCAGUUUCGUAAAAACAUCUAUCGCCCUCGUCUCUGCCUCUUACUGCUCGUCUUACUCCUGAGCCCCUACAACACGACUCAGCUCUCCUCAUCGUCAUCAUCCGAUACCUCAGAAGUCAGCGUUAGCCAGCCCGCGCAAUCAGGAUGGGCGAUCAGUAUCAUCGAUGGUCUUGUGGUAGCUGCCGCACCAUCUGCAUCGCCCUCAAAGCUGUCAAAGGCAAGUGCCAAGCCCAAACAGAAGUCCAAAUCGAGCAAGAAUGAAAAACCGGGCCCAUCGGCAGCACUUCGUUCUGCAGAAGCUAAAAAGAUGGCCAAGGAUGCGGACGACUCUGCAUCUCAACAAUCUCAGCCCGCUCCUGGUUCGCUCUUCCGUUUCCCAAAGCUCAGUUGGGCACUUCUCAUCGACGAGCAUGUACUGCCCGCGCUGCUCACGUUCCACCUGCUUUGGGCGAUCCGUUUGGCAGCCAUGUCAGUCGAAGAUGGCCUGGUCAAGAAUUCUUUGCUCGGAUCCAAAUCACGCUUCCAUACUGUCACGCUUCCGCUCGCCUACCUUGGCGUGCUAGCCAUUCUUGCCAUCCUCACAGGUCAGCCUGCAACGAUGGCCGCGAUACGUUCGCGCUGCCACGGAUGGAGGAAAAAUCUCGCAUUCCAAGUGCUAGAACCGUCGUCGGCUGAAGGAGUAAGCAAAUCUAUGUUCAGAGCAGACGGCUUGCUCCCAUCGUCUCUCUUCGUCAUGCUCGAGACGGCUUCUGCGCUAGUGCACGUGCUCAGUAUCCUGCCCAAGGUCGACGCUCCAUCCAUCGCCAGCUUCCUACCAAUGCAGCUACAGCUGCCAUCGCCUUCACAUUCACCACCUCUGAUCGACUUAUUGCCGCUACCUUCUUUCGUCAAGAUCGCUUUGACUGGUCCAGUGGUCAACACAGCCACGGCCAGGUAUGCAAGAAGUCGCAGACCCAUGAUGCCUUCUAUCAAUGCAGGCCCAAGAUCUACCCCAGGCGCACAGCAGCAGAACACCAAUGCUGAACGAGGUACGACUGCAAAUGAAACUGCGACGACAUCUGCGCUUGGAUCUCGACCGUCAAGCAACGACGUCGGUAACGCUGAUGACUCGCAUCCUCAGCAAGUGUACCGCCGUGUUGGUGCUCCCGAAGAUGAGGUGUUGCGGUCCACAAGCGUCGCAAGACCCAUCGCACCUCUCCGUCUGCCGGAAAUCGAUGCAAGCGGGUCACAAGAAGCAACAUCGUCACCCUCCUCACGACGCAGAAGAGCACCUCGAAUGCGCGGUCAAUCUGUGCUCGUCUCCACAAAGUGGAUCUCAGAGACUGCCACAACGCUUUUCGACAAGAUCACGGGCAUUCUGAUCUACUCUAUCAUCACAUUGCGGCUUCCCACACUGUCACCAACCUCGCUGCCUCCCGUCUUGUCCCUGCUCAGCCUGCGAUCCGAGCUGGCGUCCAUGACGCAGAUCUGGUCCAAAGCACGUAGCUCGGUCGAAUGUCUCGAGUUCGUCCGUCGCAGAUGGGGCGUGCAGCUCGAACAAGGGAAGGAUCCGUACACGUCUGUCUCAAGGCCGAGAGCUGCGGCAGCGGCGGGCGACUACAAGUGGAAGUCGUACGACGAUGUCUAUUGCGCCAUUUGCUUUGAGCAGACUCGAUCUGCAGAAGCUGCACCAGAUGCGGAUGAUGCCAAGCCGCACAAGUUUGAGUUCUGUCGUCUCGACUGCGGUCACGAGCUUCACGAUGUCUGCCUCGUCUCGUGGCUGACGGCUCAAGCGUUUUGUCCGACUUGUCACGUCGUGCUCAGCUUCAGUCCACGGCCAACAUCGACAUCGAGGCGCCGUGCUGCACAGGAAUGA